GCGCAUUUCUCAGUAGGCUCUGACCGGCUGAUUGGAAACAAAUUCUUCUUUUCCCUUUCUAACACACUAUUUCCAUCUCGUUUGAGGUUUGUUUUGAUUUUCGCCGUGAGUGUUUCGUGAAAUUGUAGUGAAAAACAGCGUGAAAAACAAUGAGUACGUGCACAGAUACAUUCCAACUCAAUCGCGAAGAGAUGUUCAGGCUCCUGCAGCGCUGUCUUCCGAAUGAUUUGACCAGAACGCAGAAUCUUGUGGAGUGCAAGGAUGAUGUUAUUUUUGCGUGGAAUUCCCAGGAAAAUUGCCUCCUGACACUCAAUUGGAGGGCUGCCAGGACCAAAGGGAGUGACAUCAAGCAUCAGACAUUGAUUCCAUCAGCAACUUUUCCAUACACCGUCGACAGAAUUGUACCGUCGUUGGAUGGAAAUUUCGUGGCAGUGAGUGGAAAUCGUGGGGUCUCCCUGUUGGAACUACCAAGGAGAUGGGGUACAAAUGGACUGUAUCGUGGCGAUGGGAGGGAGAACAUUAUAUGCAGGACUUACAUCCUCGAUGAUCGUCUCUUUACAAACAACACUAAUCUGGAGGUUCUUCAGGUGCGUUGGCAUCCUGAAUCACCUACAGGAAGUCACUUGAUUGUCCUCCUGUCGGAUAAUUCGUUGAGGGUUUAUCAUGAAGAGAACCUAAAGCAUGUCUGGCGUAUUGGACCAAUGCCUAAAUUGGGCGUAACCAAUGGAACAACAUUGCCAUCACUUUUGGAUCUUGGGGAUACAGCUGUGGAUUUUGAUAUUUCCCCACCAAGGGUGUCAUCCCUGCUGCCACUAGGGGAUGAAACAGCCAGUGAACUAACCCUGGUUAAUACUUCGGCAAAAAUUCGCCAGAAAGUGGAAUGGCCCAUUGUUAUCCUUCGUGGGAAUGGGAACAUCUACGUCCUGUGCGCAGGAUUGAAUACAAAGAAACCCAAACUUCAGGGUCCACUUACAAUGACCCCUGCAAAGAUAGAUAACUACGGUCAGAGUUCCUGUUCAAUCCUUGUUAUACCCUCCUUGCCACCGUGUGUGGUUAUCUCAGAGUCCACAGGGAGGAUUCAUCAUGCUCUAAUGGUGGAUAAUGAUGAUGAAGGUGGGAAUGAGUCCUUUGAUAAGAUUGACUCAAGUUUGUACAUUACACCGGCUGAAUGGCAGCUUCAUGUGUUGGAAACGGUUGAAUUGGAGUUGGGAUUGCCACAGAAUGCUCAGUCAAAGUCCCACAUUUGCCCAAUUUACCUCCGGAGGGAUUUAACAAGUGAAUCUCGCUAUUUUGCCUACCACAACACGGGUGUUCAUGCCAUCUUCCUUGAAUUCAUCAAGCAACUCCAUGAUUUUGCCGAGACUGCGGCAGAAGAUGACUCUGUGAUUCCCUAUUUGGGCAAUGAAAGUCACGCUGAGUACAUUUUGUGCACAAAAGCACUCGAUGCUGGUCAAAUUAAUCCCGUCUUGGGCUUUACACUCCUUCAAUCUCCCGCUGGAAUUGUUGUCUUCCUUGGAAGUGGUCAAGUCGUCUCUCUAAACUUGAUUACCGAUCCAAAUGUUGUCCUUGAAUGGAGUUCGGAGAAGGCAGAACGAUCCAAACAGGGCUCAGAUGCGGUGUCGCCGCAGAAGAAGUAUUUCUCCGAUUCAAUUGAGAAUCGUAUUGUGGCCAUUCUCAGGGGAGGGCUAUCGCAACCCCUGCUGAAGCUCAAUACGAACACCGAAGCAAGUCCUCAGGAACUUAUGGAGCUCCUAAUGCACGCAACGCAGACUCUGCGUGAGCAGUACUUUCCGCGUCAUGAAAAGUGUCGGCAUGAGCUGAAGAAGCGCGUGGAGAUCCUUCAGGUACUCAAUAGGCAGCAACAGGAGGAGAUUCAGGAGUUGGUGCUGGAGAAGAAGCGUAUUCGGGACAAUGCGGAGAAUCUCGCGGGGAAGUACGAGGAUAUGUACGAGAGGCAGCAGACACUCUUCAAGAGGGCCCAGGAAGUAUCGCGUCUCGUGUCGCUCCUUUCGCCGUACACGCUGUCCGAUGAGAAGGACUUCAAGCAGCAAGUUGAGAAGAUUAAUGUGGCAACAAAGGGACUCAUGAAGCAGCUCGAAGUGGCCAAGGGGAAGAUAAGUAGGAAUCAGCAGCAAAUGGACACGUGGGAGAAGCAAAAUGCCCAAAAGGAGUUUGUUUUGCCACCAAAACGGGAGGAAAUUAUUAAGAAGAUUCUGGCUGAUAUGAAGAAUCAGAUCAACAAUCAGAUUAUGGAGAUCAAACAACUCAACAAACUUCUCGAUAUUUAAAUUGAAUUUUCCUACCUUUAGGCUGAAGUUUUUGUAUUUUGAAGAAUGAAGAAAAGGGUUUUUUUUUAAAGUACCCCAAAAUUUGGAAAUUAUUGAAAUAAAUUCAUGAAGUUACAACAAAAAUAAAUUGCGUUAAUUAAUAACAAUAAAAGUACUCUGCGUUGAUACCACUGCUU